GUGAUUGAAAUACAUUGUGUACGAGUAUGAAAGGUCGAUUAGUGAAACUUGUGCAUAAUUAGUAUGCACUAAUGAAAACACUUUUAAAAAGCACCAGUGUAGCUGGUGGUGUAAAGUUGUGGGUUCUUUUGUAUGUAGUGUAUUUAUGCUUCUUUUUGUAUGUACGUCUUCUAGAAUGCAAAGCUUAGAAAAAUACUUGACAAAGACGGUGUCCCACAAACUAGAAUUGUUAAUGGUGCUAACGUUUUCUAGCCUUACGUUCAUAUACUCCUAACUGUACUGUGACUGCUAUUUUAUGUUAGUUGUUGUAGUUUUUUGGGCGGGAUCACUACCAUCUCUAAAAACUAUUUGUGUGUGUGUGUUUGUGUGUGUGUGUGUGUGUGUGUGUGUGUGCGCUCGUGUGUUUCUGUUUCUGUGUCUCUAUGAGUGUACUCAAGUAUCCGUAUCCAGAAGACAGUAUUGGAUACCUUAGAGCUGGAGUUACAGGUAGCUAUGUCAACUGCCUGAUGUGAGUGUUGUGAUCCAAAGUUCACCUCAAGAUUGAGCAACAGUUUCUCUUAACUGCUAAGCUAUAUCCAAGUCAUGACUAAAAUCUUUAAGUAGCAACAGAUGGGUCUAAGCAUUCGAGAAAUGCCUUUAAAAUAACUGAAAACACCAGACAUUGUUUACUAUUAACUUGUCAUGGCCUAGACUCCUCUGUCUUGAAUCACCUUGGCUUCUAAAACAGCAGGACCUUGCAAGAUAGGUCGUCUUCGUCCUUUCUGAGACCUGGUGGUGCGUGCUGUGGCGCUUUGUCUGCUCUGUUCGCUCCUGCUGAGGAACAAGUCGGUCAGGAAGCAGCGCCUCAGCCAUGGCAUUUAAAGAUACCGGGAAGACUCCCGUGGAGCCCGAAGUGGUGAUUCACUGGAUUCGAAUCACGCUCACUAGCCACAAUGAGAAGCCGCUGGAGAAGGUUUGUGCGGACUUGACCAGAGGCCCAAAGGAAAAGAAUCUGAAAGCGAAAGGACUGGUGCACAUGCCCACUAAGACACUGAGAAUCACUACCAGAAAAACACCUUGCGCUGAAAGUUCCAAGACCUGGGAUCGUUUCCAGAUGAGAAUUCACAAGCGACUCACUGACUUACAUAGUCCUUCUGAGAUUGUUAAACAGAUUACUUCCAUCAGUAUUGAGCCAGGAGUGGAGGUUGAAGUCACCAUUGCAGAUGCCUAAGUCAACUGUUUAAAUAAAUUGACUUAAUUGUUAAAUUAAAAAAAAAAGA